UUGCUUAUCACCAAUUGAUUUGUCAACAGACUUCAGUCAAGUUCGCUUCCAUUGAAUAGCAGGCAGGAUCAAUAAAAUGUCUCUACUUAACAAAUUUUUCGGAAUAAAAAAAGAAGUACCUGUAGUUGCACCUCACACCCCAGUCAGUGUUACCAAUGAUACACCAGAAUCUGGUUUUGUUAUGGUGCCUAAUGCAGUAGAGUCCUAUCAACUUCAUUCUGGUCCUUUGCCAUAUGCUAUCAAUUCAAAUGCCUCCAGCAAUCAACAGGACAUUUCAUCUAACAAGCUAUAUGAUGAAAUCCCUUUCCAGUUCUCCCCAGCUUACAAUUCGAUGUGGUUAAAUGGUUCCACUGUCAAGCAUAAACCUAAAAUGCUUAAAGAAAUUGACUGGGACUCUCUGUGUUAUGAUUUUACACUAGAGAAAUCUAUUUUACAGUCAUGAAAUAUACUUGAAUAAACUAAAGUGUGAAAUGAUGACUCAACACAGUUGUAAGAUUAAAUCAACACUUGUAAUGUCUACUGAUAGUCCAUCAUCAUCAUUUUAAAAUGUUAUCUAUUGCCUUGUCGUUUCAGAGCUGUUUCCUGUGAGCUGCAUAACAGACAGAAAUUAAUUUGCGUGUAAAUUUGUAAAAUAACUUGAUUGACUAGAAUUACACUGCUUGGGUAUCCGCA